UUCAGCUUUAGUUACAAUUUCGGCAUAAAGUGCUAGUGAAACGGACGUUUAAUAACAAAAAAGUAUAAAACCGUUACUCUGAAAUUACCAAAAGCGUUCUUCGACGUGAUGAAUUGCAAAAUAACAGCUUCUGAUGCUGCUGUAUUUACAGUGUUGCUUGUUGUUACAUUUGGAGCUAUUGUCAACGGACAUGGACGUUUGCGUGACCCGCCAAGCAGAUCAACAGUGUGGCGUGACGAGGAAACGAUAAGAAGAUACCCGGAUGUGACGAUUCCAAAAAACUACGACGACGUUUCACUUUUUUGUGGGGGUUCUCAGGUGCAAAAGAAAGCAGGUGGCAAAUGCGGUGUCUGUGGAGAUAGUAUCCAUGAUAUACAACCGCGAAAAAAUGAAGCUGGAGGAAAGUACAGUCUGGGUCUUAUUUCAAGAAUUUAUAAAUCAGGUUCAUGGAUAGACGUUACCGUGGAGAUAACAGCUCAACACAAAGGAUAUUUUGAGUUUAGGCUAUGUGACUGGAACAAACCGAAGGAGAUUGUAACACAGGAAUGCUUAGAUCGACACCUUCUGGAGACCAAUAUGGGUUUCAAAUACUCAGGCAUUACGAAAACGGGAAAAUAUGUCGUUCCAGUAAAACUACCUGAAGGGCUGACAUGUACGCAAUGUGUAUUGCAAUGGAAAUACAACACUGGAAAUUCAUGGGGAUGUGAUGCACCAGGUGUAUGUGCACUUGGACUUGGACACCAAGAGCAAUUUUAUGGCUGUGCCGACGUUAAGAUAACUGGAAACAACGAGCAAACGACUGAAACAGGAUCUACUAGUUCAACAUCAACCACAAUGCUUCCUACUGCUAUUCCGACUAUAUCAUCUAUCACUAAAGAGACAAUAACAAGUCGAAUAUCGAACACAGGAAACAUCAAACCUCCAACUGAACCGUGUAAAGGCAUACAAUUUGGACGUUUGUAUAACUGGGACUGUGAAUCAUACUACGUUUGCCUGCAAGGAUUCGAGAAACCAUUCGUCAUGAGAUGCCCGAUUAAUCUUUUGUUUGAUGAAUCCAAACAAACAUGCAACUGGCGAUUCCUGGUACCACCUCCUUGCGAUAAUUACUAUCAACAGGACUGGUGAGAUGCGAACGCCAAAAAUCACCACAUACGUGUUCUAUCCACUUAUUCAUCCACGUUUUCGGAACAUUUGUUCUAGCAUGAGCUUAUAAAAAAUUUUCUGUACUCAGUUUGGUAUAUUGUGUAUUCAUUCUAUUUUGUUUCCCUUGUCGAAAAUAAUGGAUAUUAUAUAAGUAUAUAUAUGGGUUUUGGCGAUGAUACACAUGCAUAAGUAUAGAAUGGUGAUUUCUGUUCUAAAAUGAUGUAAAUAAUACAAUUUUGCUUUUUAGUAUUUCCUUGUAAAUGUAGAAGCGCAAGAAAUAUUAGUUAACAUCUUACAAACCACGACUCAUUUUUGAGUUCAACUUAUUUCAUUUCACAUGUUCAACAAUCAACAGGUACAGCUAAAACUGACCAUUUCAUCGAAGCAUGAAUGUUAUAACAGAUAUGUGAGAGGUCACAAGAUGGAAUCGGAAAUUAACAUGUAACGGUAAUUCAUGUAAUUCAUUUGUGUUCGAGGUAACUCGCGGUUGCGGCGACUCACGACAAAAUAAACUCAUCACCUAUCUAAAAUACCACGCCAAUCCGCGGACAUA